ACUUUUUUUUUUCAAAGAAUAGACCAGUCUUAAUCAAAAAGCAAACCACAAUGUCCCCACUCAUAAAAGUUGUGCAAAACAUGCAUUCCCCCAGACAGAAAACUCUCAUUGCAUUACGCCAACAGCAAUGAUAACCUCAGUGAAGGUUCCUUCAUGGUCUUUAUCAUCUCACUGAUAUCAUUAAACCACACACAACUUCUCUCUCUCUCUCUCUCAUCCAAUGCAAUCAUCAAACAACCAGUAAAACUCCUCCCUCUUUCUCUCUCUCUCUCGUCCAAUGCAAUCAGCAAACAACUUGUAAAACUCCUCCCUCUUUCUGAAUGAAAAACACUCCUCUCUCUCUAGUAAAAUCCUCCCUCUUUUCUGUAUAAAAAACAUUCCUCUCUCUCUCUCUCUCUCUCUCACACACACACACACACAUCCAAUGCAAUCAUCAAACAACUUGUAAAACUCUUUCCUCUUUCUGAUUAAUAAACUCUCUCUCUCUCUCUCUCUCUCUCUGUCAUCCAAUCCAAAGAAACCACCUAAAGCCAAAACACACUCAAGAUGGUAGCAGUAUUCAACAAAGAGCUACUAAGCUGGUACCUUAUCACCCUGAAACUCAAAGAAACAGUUGAAGCCGGGCCUUCCAAAUCCCAACCCUCCACUCCCACUCCUUCUACUCAACAACCCCAUCCCCCUCCUCCUCCUCUCCUCCUCCUCCCCCAAUCUCCAUCCCAAGAAACCCAACACAACAAUGACACCACCACCUUCCCUCCAAACGAACCAAAUCCCAGUCCCACUCCCAAAGACUCAUGGCUCAUCUCCAUCCAAGAAAACCUCACUCAAGCCCAACUCUAUGACUCCUCCUCCUGGUCCAAACACUCCAUCUACCGUGUCCCCAAAUCCCUCCGCGACGGCGACGACAAAUCCUACGUCCCCCAGCUCGUCAGCAUUGGUCCUUACCACCACUCCAAGCGUCGUUUUCGUGAAAUGGACCGCCACAAAUGGCGUUCCCUCCACCACGUCCUCCGCCGCACUUCCCACUCCAUCAACCUCUACCUCAACUCUCUCCACCCUCUUGAAGACCGGGCUCGAUCCUGCUACGACUCCCCCAUCCCACUCUCUUCCCCUGAUUUCCUCCUCAUGCUCCUCCUCGACGGCUGCUUCCUUCUCGAACUCUUCCGUGGCUCCGCCGGCGAAGGCUUCAAGUCCCUCGGUUACUCCCGCCACGACCCCAUCUUCGCCAUGCGCGGCACAAUGCACUCCCUCCAGCGUGACAUGAUCAUGCUUGAGAACCAAAUCCCACUCUUCAUCCUCGACCGUCUCUAUGGACUCCAGCUCAACCAACCCGACCAAACCGGCCUCGUCGCCCGCCUCGCCAUCUGCUUCUUCGACCCGCUCAUCCCCACUGACGAACCUCUCCGCUCCCGCGACCGCUCCAAGCUUGAGCUCGAUCCUGCCUUCGACCCUUUAUCUGACACCGGCCUGCAUUGUCUCGACGUCUUCCGGCAAAGCUUGCUUCGCACUGGUAUCCAACCUGCACCGCGCCCGUGGCUCAAACGGUGGUCCAACAAUCGCCGCUGCGUCGCCGAUAAGCGCCGGCAACAACUCAUACAUUGCGUCAGUGAACUCCGGGAGGCUGGUGUCAAGUUCAAGAAACGCAAGACUGACCGAUUCUGGGACAUUAAGUUCCACAAUGGAGUGCUGAAGAUCCCACGCUUGCUUAUCCAUGAUGGCACUAGAUCCUUGUUCCUUAAUCUCAUAGCUUUUGAACAAUGCCAUAUGGACAGCAAGAAAGACAUUACAUCCUAUGUUGUUUUCAUGGACAAUCUUAUCAACUCUGCGGAUGAUGUUGGUUACCUGCAUUAUUGCGGCAUUAUUGAGCACUGGCUCGGGAACGACGAUGAAGUCGCCGAGCUUUUCAAUAAGCUUUGUCAGGAGGUAGUGUUCGACAUCAAUGAUAGUUACCUCUCCGGGUUAUCGGAGCAGGUUAAUCGGUAUUAUAAUCAUAGGUGGAAUGCUUGGAGGGCGAGCUUGAAGCAUAACUACUUCAGUAAUCCUUGGGCUAUCAUCUCCCUUGUUGCUGCUGUUGUUCUGCUUGUGCUUACCUUUGCGCAGACAUUUUACAGUGUCUAUGGCUAUUACUGGCCUCGUUCAUGACUACAGAGUACAGAUACUGAGGUUUCAUGAUACAUGUUCUCAUUGAUACAUAGAGCAAGAUGUGCAAGCUACCACUAUGACAGCUUAAAGAAGUUUCAACAAGUUACAAUGACAUGGCUGACAUGGAUGCCUUCCUACUUCAGGAAGCUAACGGUGACAACCAAACUAGGACAAUAAUCUACGAUGUUCCUUGAAAAUAAAGCAAGCAUGUUGCAAUUAUAUGUCACUCCUUUCUGAUCUAUUUUCAUAAUUUCAAUAGGACCUAUUACAAUCUCAAUCACAGAUGUUGCCAUUACCAUUACUCAAAAUGAUAGUGAUAUAAAUUUUACUGGAUGUCACUAUGGUGUCACAUAGAGAGUUCGUCAACUUUAGUCUAGCAUUUGUUCUUACGCAAGCAACUACCUUGUGCAUUAAGAUCCUACAGACAAAUACUUCACACUUAUUUCAUCAAAAUCAACAUCCGCAGAAAAUGAUGGUGAUAACUUUAACCAGGAAGAACAGUAUUAAAACCAUAGAGAAUUUAUUAUUUAAGUUCAACAUUUGUUGAUAUGCAGACACCACACAACAUCUUAAGGAUUUCAUUUGAUAUAUACUGUUUUCAAAAGUAAACCUUGCUAAACCACUCAUGUUUUCAUUCUGAUAUCUUUGCUAACAAAUCCAAGUUACACAAUUGCCAUAAAUUGAGCCUGUUAACUGACUGUAAUACUGCAUUCUGAUCAGAUUUGAUUGCUCAUUCUUUUUGAGGAUUCCACUGAUAACAA